UGUAUUGGUAAUAUCUUGUUUCAUCUCCGUCCUCCAGGGCAUAGCCAUUAAAGUGGAUAGGGAGAGGAGAAGAUUGAGCCUGGAACUCUGGAAGUCUCAGACCGCCGACAGCAGCAGCAGCAGCAGCAGCAGAAGGAAAAGUGAAUAGAAAAGCGAGAAGGAAAGGGAACAUAGCUGUUUAGAAGGAGCAAAUGGCAGCCAUUGUUUCUCUCCCUUCCCUGUAUUCGAUUUCCAGAAGCAAUUUCAGUGUCACUUCUAAUUCCUCCCCUUCUUUGAGUCCUCCGCUACGAUUCCUUCGUUUUCAAAGAAGCCGCAUGGAGAAUCGUUCUGUGUAUCUGAUGACAAAGAAGUCCCCGGAAUCGAGAAGGAUUAUGUCGGUUGCCGCCGAGGACACUUUAAUCCCAGAAGAGGAGGAGAAGGAAGAAUCUCCGGUUGACCAGCCCGUUUCGGUUCCUGUCUCACCUUCCGACAUGCUUACCAUGCUCUUCCAGGCAGAAGGGACAAUGGCUGAAUCUAAUGUUCCGACUGUGACCAAAGCUUUACAGGAAAUAGAGGGAGUAGGUGAUAUAAAGGUUCAAAUCGUUGAGGGUAUUGCCAGUGUUGAGUUAAGUAAGCAAACAACAGUACAAGCAACAGGGGUCGCUUCAAAUUUGGUUGAGAUCAUACAAGGAACUGGCUUCAAGUUGCAAACUUUGAAUUUGAGCUUUGAGGAUGAAGAGGACAAUGUUAACUAGAAUUUAUUAGAUUCCCUCUGUAAGUAGUCUGAAGUUGCUCCAUCUCAGUUUCUUGCUGUUGAUAUCCUGAAACUGGAUAAUAUUCUGUAUCCACUUAUCAAUAGAAAUUCCCUUUCCAUCUCA